CUCCUCCCCUCGGCGGGUGUGAUCGAGUGGCCUCGCCUCAUCGCCUAGCGCCCCCCUCAGCCGCCGCCGCCUCCGCCCGCCGGCCAUGUCCCCCGGCCGCCGCCGCCGCCGCCCGAGCGCGGCGCUCCAGUGGCCCCGCGCGCAGUGAACGCGGGCCCGUCUUGCCGUUCACCCGCCCCGGGGCCCCCUUGUUCUCCGCGCCGCCGCCGCCGCCAUGUUGGGUUUGGAGCUGCAGCGGAGCCGCCGCCGCCGCCGCGGGUGAGGGAGGCCGAGAGCGGAGCCCGCCCCGCCCCGGGGCCCAGGGAGCGGGGCCGCCUCGGAGCCCGGCCUCUCCCCGCCAGCCGCCUUCCCGGCCCGCUGUGCAGCCAGCGAGCCAGCGAGCCAGCGAGCGAGCAAGCACCGGACCCCGGCCGCGCCUUCAGCUACGGCCCGAGCGAGCCCGCCGCCGCCGGGCCCGGCCACAGCCUGCAGCGGAGCCCACGAGAGGCAGCGCCAUGGCGGAGCAGACCUACUCGUGGGCCUAUUCCCUGGUGGAUUCCAGUCAAGUGUCUACAUUUCUGAUUUCCAUUCUUCUUAUAGUCUAUGGUAGUUUCAGGUCCCUUAAUAUGGACUUUGAAAAUCAAGAUAAGGAGAAAGACAGUAAUAGUUCUUCUGGGUCUUUCAAUGGCAACAGCACCAAUAAUAGCAUCCAAACAAUUGACUCUACCCAGGCUCUGUUCCUUCCAAUUGGAGCAUCUGUCUCUCUUUUAGUAAUGUUCUUCUUCUUUGACUCAGUUCAAGUAGUUUUUACAAUAUGUACAGCAGUUCUUGCAACGAUAGCUUUUGCUUUUCUUCUCCUCCCGAUGUGCCAGUAUUUAACAAGACCCUGCUCACCUCAGAACAAGAUUUCCUUUGGUUGCUGUGGACGUUUCACUGCUGCUGAGUUGCUGUCAUUCUCUCUGUCUGUCAUGCUCGUCCUCAUCUGGGUUCUCACUGGCCAUUGGCUUCUCAUGGAUGCACUGGCCAUGGGCCUCUGUGUCGCCAUGAUCGCCUUCGUCCGCCUGCCGAGCCUCAAGGUCUCCUGCCUGCUUCUCUCAGGGCUUCUCAUCUAUGAUGUCUUUUGGGUAUUUUUCUCAGCCUACAUCUUCAAUAGCAAUGUCAUGGUGAAGGUGGCCACUCAGCCGGCUGACAAUCCCCUUGACGUUCUAUCCCGGAAGCUCCACCUGGGGCCCAAUGUUGGGCGUGAUGUUCCUCGCCUGUCUCUGCCUGGAAAACUGGUCUUCCCAAGCUCCACUGGCAGCCACUUCUCCAUGUUGGGCAUCGGAGACAUCGUUAUGCCUGGUCUCCUACUAUGCUUUGUCCUUCGCUAUGACAACUACAAAAAACAAGCCAGUGGGGACUCCUGUGGGGCCCCUGGACCUGCCAACAUCUCUGGGCGCAUGCAGAAGGUCUCCUACUUUCACUGCACCCUCAUCGGAUACUUUGUAGGCCUGCUCACUGCUACUGUGGCGUCUCGCAUUCACCGGGCCGCCCAGCCCGCCCUUCUCUAUUUGGUGCCAUUUACUUUAUUGCCACUCCUCACGAUGGCCUAUUUAAAGGGCGACCUCCGGCGGAUGUGGUCUGAGCCUUUCCACUCCAAGUCCAGCAGCUCCCGGUUCCUGGAAGUAUGAUGGAUCACGUGGAAAGUGACCAGAUGGCCAUCAUAGUCCUUUUCUCUCCACUCAUGGUUUGUUUCCUCUUAGAGCUGGCCUGGUACUCAGAAAUGUACCUGUGUUUAAGGAACUGCCGUGUGACUGGAUUUGGCAUUUAAAGGGAGCUCGUUUGUAGGAGAGAGGUGCUGGAGCCAUGUUUGGUUCCUUCUCUUCCUGCGGAUGUAGAGGUGGGGCCCCUUCCAAGAGGGACAGGCCUCUCCCCGGCGCGCCUUCCUUUCACGUUUUUAUGGAUCUGCACCAGACUGUUACCUUGUGGGGGAGAUGGAGAUUUGACUGUUUAAAAACUGAAAACAGCGAGGAGUCUUUCUAGAACUUUUGAACACUAAAAGGAUGAAAAAAAUUAGUAAACCGAAGUUUCUUCAGUGACCCCUCGAGAACUUUGGGACCAGUUUCCUAUGGGGGACUCAGUUUCAGAGAACUGAGACAGAAGCUCUUCUGUCAUUAUAUUCUUCUUUCCUUUUUUUGGAUUUAUUAAAUAUUUUCUGUGGUGUGAAGUGACUUAUUAAAUCCACAGACAUUGAGUGACUUCUUACAACAUCCGCAUAAGAAUUUGUUGUAGUGAGUUCAUGUCCACCCAGAUGUGUUGGCAGUGAACAAGGGCACGGUUUUUAUACAUACGUACAUAUAUAUAUAUACACACACACAUAGAUAUAUAUGAAUAAACAAAAAUGAAAUCCUGCUAAGAUCACGCUGUGUAGCUGACAGGGGCUUGCUGUCGUUUUGAGCAUGUCGAGCAGUUUCCUGUGGCUUCCUUGUAUAUGGAUAAGCUGCUGUCCUUCCCCUUCACGACUGACCCCGCAGUUACAAACCAGUAGAGCAUUUGUGCUGAUUGAUAGACUCAUGAACUUUAGGAGCCCGCCCUUGGUUUUGAUCAGUGUAGCAAAUUAGGGAUGAAGAGUUCAAACCUUUUGGCCCUUUCUUUCUUUUCUAGGCUUCUCCCUCGCAGGGUGUUCCGUAGUUUCUUCUCAAGCCAAUGCAUGUAUUAUAGCAGCAGGUGUCUUUGUGCUUUCUCAUCAUAGUAAUGUACUACUUGUAAAUACAUUUUUCUAUUUUCUAUUUUUUUGUAUUUUUUUUUUGACAUUUUGUUUCAUUGGUGUGCUGUAUAUUUUCCAUGCCCUCACUCCUUUAAGAAAAAAAAAAAAAAAAAAGGAAAAAAGCAA